CCCGAUGGGCGGGGCCUGCAGGACAAAAUGGAGCUGCUGGGCGUCCUGAAGCGCGGGCUGCAGCAGUUCAGAGGCCACGGCGGCCUUCUGGGCUAUCUACGAGUCUUCUUCAGGACAAAUGAUGUGAAGGUUGGUACAUUAGUAGGGGAAGACAAAUACGGAAACAAAUACUAUGAGGACAAGAAGCAAUUUUUUGGCCGUCAUCGAUGGGUUAUGUAUACUACUGAAAUGAAUGGGAAAAACACGUUCUGGGAUGUGGAUGGAAGCAUGGUGCCUCCUGAAUGGCAUCGCUGGCUUCACUGCAUGACUGAUGACCCUCCAACAACAAAACCACCUACUGCUCGUAAAUUCAUUUGGACAAACCAUAAAUUCAACAUGACUGGCACUCCAGAACAGUAUGUACCUUACUCCACCACAAGAAAGAAGAUUCAGGAAUGGGUUCCACCUUCAACACCUUACAAAUAAAGACAGUGAAGACCACCUUCAACAUGUAAAAUACAGGCUUUUUGUGUAAUUGCACUUUCACUGCUUACCAUUGACUUGAUUAAAAUUGUUUGACCAA